GAAAAGAAAAAGAGACAAUGGAAACUCUUGCAGGAUCCUCCAUAACCUUGUUUGCCAAGGCUAACACUAACAAACCUCUCUCUCCCUCAAAAUCUCUUCCGGGUCGAUCCGAGAUUGGCUUUUUUGGGUCUCGAAAUUCCAAUGUUCGCGUUCAGCAUACCACCUCUCUGCUUCGACAGAAAGCGCUUCAAUUGGUUGCUUCAUCUCAGACAGAGGUUUUUACGACCUCAGAAACAGCAGGAAUUUGGAUCCAACCAACAGAGCGAUCAGAAACUGUCCGUGUCCAAUUCCAAUUACACGAGGAGUGCAAGUUUGGUGAGAGCUUCCUCUUGGUGGGUAAUGAACCUAUCAUAGGACAGUGGAACCCUUCAAAUGCUAUACCAAUGAACUGUUCAGAUGGAAACAUAUGGAAUACUGAGCUGGAUGUUCCUACUGGCAUAGCAAUCCAAUACAAGUUUAUACUGAAAAAGGCCACAGGAGAUGUGUUGUGGCAACCCGGUCCAGAUCGGAUUCUGCACACCUGGAGUACCAAGAACACAAUAUCCAUUGAUGAAGACUGGAUAGACUAUGAACUUCAGAAGAUAAGCGAAGUGCAAAUUACAAACGAAAGCGAGGCACUACUUGUAAACCUCGACGUGGGACCGAUCGUUCCCGGGAAUGUUACCCAUCCUGAAGAUCAAGAACUUCUGUUGAAUGCGAACAAGGGUGCAAAUUUUACAGAUAAACCUGCCUCGGCGGAUGAAAAACCACAAUUUAACAGCAACAAUGAAGUCGCAAUUGAAGAGAAGACUAUCAAAUCAGCAGAUGGAACUUUGCUCGGUAUAAGGAAGGAAGUACGCGUUUUAGACUAUGGUAGUAGCGCCGUGAAAGAGGAAUCUAUAAAAAAGUCAACCCCGACAACCUUAACGAGAAAGAUUUCUGAAAGUCCGAAAGAUGAAGAAGAUGAAGCCUUGCCUACUUAUGAAAUGAGUCCUGUUCUAGUGCCUAGUUUAACUGCAACGCAAGCGGUGUCAUCUGAGGAAGUAAUACUGCCCGAAGGACUUGGAACACCACUACCUUCUAAAGAAUCACCACCCAUAGAGCUAGGAAAAUCCAUAUCUCCUGCAGAAGCAACAUCCAAUGAUCUUGGAAAAUCGAUGAAUUCUAACGAACUUGGAAUACCAAUGUCUUCUGAAGCAGCACUGCCCAAAGAACUUAGAAAAUCAAUGUCUUCUGAAGAACAACCCAAAGAACUAGGAUAUUUGAUGCCUUCUGAAGAUGCACUGCAAAAAGAAUUUGUAAAGUCAUUGUCUUCUCAAGCAGCACUACCUGAUCAACCAAUGUCUACUGAAGAAGCACUCCCACAUGAACUUAGAAAAAUGCCGUCUUCUGAAGAAGCACUCCUAAAUGAACUUAGAAAACCGCUGUCUACUGAAGAAGCACUUCCAAGAGAACUUGGAUCAUCAAUGUCUUCUGGAGAAGCCCCGCGAAAUUAACUAGGAACACCGAUGACCACUUAUGGCUCAAUUGGAACUGAUUCAACAAAGAAGCAGAAUUCUUGAUGAAUCAAGUCACUACUUUCCUUACUUCUUUUUGUUAGCAAGAACCCUUACCAUUUUGUUUCUGUCCUAACUGGGACUGAAGAACAAACCGGUAUGUAAUUGUAAAUAUAGCUUCAGUACUUGGUUGACUGCCACUUUUUUUAACUAUGUAUUUGCUCACCUUGAGCAGGCCUUUCUGUUUUGUGAUUUUUAACUAUAUAUAAAUUAAUAGCACAACAACCGGCAA